AUAACCUCAAUAAAGUAGACGUGAUGUGUUAGAUAGUCAGCUGGUACGGCUGGUGCAACAUCACUCGCAUUUUACAACAAUUAUUAACAGCUAAUAAUUGUAAAUUAUUAGAUAAAUUAAUUAUAAUUACAAGAGAUUUGUGAUAGGUAGUGAUUUGACAUAUUUGUUAGUUAUAAAUAAGUGAAACAUCAUGAAGGAAAAUGAAACAGAAGAGACCAUGUCCACAUGGAUAUCAAGAAACAACCUGUCAUGGUACCACAAAUUGUGCAUAAACGUCCUGAAAGCAGGACCCAUUCCCCGCCACGUUGCCUUCAUUAUGGAUGGUAAUCGCCGGUAUGCAACGAAAGAAAACGUGGCUACCCGUCUCGGACACUCAAAAGGAUUCGACAAAUUAAGCCAAACCCUCCUUUGGUGUCAAGAAAUAGGCAUUAAGGAAGUAACCGUCUAUGCUUUUAGCAUUGAAAAUUUCGGCCGUAGUCCGGAAGAAGUCGAAACUCUGAUGAGUCUUGCCUCUGACAAAUUUGAGAAACUAUUAGAGGAAGUAGACAAACUACAUGAAAAUGGUCUGUGUAUCAGAAUAAUUGGUAAUUUAAUUUUAAUUCCCGAGGAAUUACGCGCACGUAUUGCUCAAGCUGUCCUCCUCACCAAGGAUAAUGAUAAAGCAUUCCUUAAUAUUGCAUUUGCGUACACGUCGCGAGACGAGAUCACGAAUUCAUUCCAGGUGAUUAAUGAUGGAGUACAUGCGAAGGAAAUUGAUGAACAUGACAUUAGUGAGUACUUGAUUAACAAGUGCAUGUAUAGUGGAAAGAGUACUAAGCCAGAUAUAUUGAUAAGAACCUCAGGAGAGGUUCGGUUUAGUGAUUUUCUGCUUUGGCAAACGUGGAAUACUAAUGUGAUAUUUCACAAAGUUUUGUGGCCGGAUUUUACUAUUUGGCAUUUAUUGGCGUGCGUGUUUUAUUAUCAAAUGUAUUAUGCGCAUCAGACACGGAUUGAGAACGAAUUUGGAUUUGAACAUCGCGAUGACAAGAACGAGAAAGUUGAAUUCUUUUUAAAAAAUUUGGAGAGCAAGCGCAUGAAACAGUUGGAAACUUACGCGUCUUAUCUGACUCAAAAUGUUUCAAAUUAAGGUAGACUUAAAUAAAUUAAAGUUUGAGUGUUGUUUUAGAA